GAUAAGAAGCCUCGAUGAAGAGUAAUUUUACGUUCUCUAACCUCUGUGGAACGGUAUAUAGACAAGGAAAUGUCGUAUUCACCCAGGAUGGCAACUCAGUCUUGAGUCCAGUAGGAAACAGAGUAUCCAGCUUCGAUUUGGUGAACAACCAAUCGUUCACUUACCCAUGCGAGAAUAGGAAAAAUAUCGCGAGAAUAGCUCUCAGUCCUGAUGGAAGAAUUCUCGUCACUGUAGAUGAUGACGGUAGAGCACUCCUCAUUAACGCAAAACGUCGUACUGUACUUCACCAUCACAACUUCAAAAAUCCAGUAAACGAUAUAAAGUUCUCUCCAAGUGGGAAGUUCCUCGCUGUCACUCACGGUAAUCACGUACAAGUAUGGAAGACACCUUCAUUCUUAAUUAGAGAGUUCGCACCAAUGGAGUUAUAUAGAACAUACACAGGACACUUUGACUCUAUUACGUCUAUCACUUGGUCACAAUGCUCUAGAUACUUCGUCACUUGCAGUCACGAUAUGACUGCUCGUCUCUUCACUUUAGACCCUCUGCCUGGCUUUAGACCAAAGACAUUAAGUGGACAUAAGGAUAGAGUUAUUGACGCCUAUUUCUCGAAGGAUAGCAAGUCUAUUUACACAGUAUCUAGAGAUGGUGCUGUCUUUGUUUGGACUGCAAAGGAAAGCGAAGAAGACUCUGACAGUGACGAAGAUAGUGACAGUAGUAGCAGCAGUAGCGACAGUAGCAUGGAUGAGGAUAGACAGAUUGCUGACACUAGAUGGGGUGUCUCGGCUAGACAUUACUUCAACAUGCCUGGUACAAGAGUUGUUUGCUCAACAUUCCACCAAAAUAGCUCCCUCUUGAUCGUCGGUUUCAACACUGGUGUAUUCGGUUUAUGGGAAUUACCGUCAUUCACAAACUUACACACCUUGUCUAUCUCACAAGAGAAGGUCACUUCUGUAGAUAUCAAUCCUUCCGGUGAAUGGCUCGCGUUUGGUGCUAGAAAAUUAGGACAAUUGCUCGUUUGGGAAUGGCAAUCAGAGAGCUAUGUUCUCAAACAACAAGGUCACUUUUCAGAUAUGAAUGCGGUAGCCUAUGCACCUGAUGGUCAAUUAGUCGCAACUGGUGGUGAUGACGGAAAAGUCAAAUUGUGGAAUUUGUCAUCCGGUUUUUGUACCGUUACGUUUAGCGAUCAUACUUCUGCAAUCUCACAAGUAGAGUUUGCGAAACAGGGUAGAAUCCUCUUUUCUGCUUCAUUAGAUGGUACGGUGAGAGCAUACGAUCUUAUCCGUUAUAGAAACUUCAAAACAUUCACAUCACCAACACCAACUCAAUUCAGUUCAAUGACAGUUGAUGACUCCGGAGAGGUCCUUGCUGCAGGUUCUAUCGACUCAUUUGAGAUCUUCCUAUGGUCUGUGCAAACUGGUAAACUUAUGGAUGUUAUGUCAGGACACCAAGGCCCAGUCUCUGGAUUAUCAUUCGGACCAGGCGGUGCCCAAUUAGCCUCAUCUUCAUGGGAUAGAACUAUUAGAGUAUGGGAUAUAUUCAGAAGAGCGAGAACGGUUGAUCCAUAUUCACUCAACUCUGAUGCCUUGACUGUAACUUUCAGACCAGACGGUAAGGAGUUGGCUGCGUCUACACUUGAUGGUCAAAUACAAUUCUGGUCAUUGGAGGACGACAAACAAACAGGUGUUAUUGAAGGUCGUAAAGAUAUCUCCGGAGGUAGAAAACAAGAUGACAGGAUAACGGCAGCCAAUAACUCGUCCGGAAAAUGUUUCAACAGUUUGUGUUACACUGCUGAUGGCAAUUACAUUUUAGCAGGUGGUAAUAGCAAGUAUGUGCUGCUUUAUGAUGUUAAGGAAGGCGUCUCAUUGAAGAAGUUCCAAAUUUCAGAGAACUUGUCAUUAGAUGGAACACAAGAGUUCCUGGACAACAGAAUGCAAUUAGAUGAUGGUAGCAACAUUCCAACUGGACCAAAAGGUGACGAAAGUGACUUGGAAGAUCGCCUUGAUGUUUCACUUCCAGGUGCUCAAGGUGGUGAUCUGUCUAAGCGCAAGUAUAGACCAGAAAUCAGAACAAAAUGCGUUAAGGUAUCGCCAACUGGACGUACAUGGGCGACUGCAUCAACUGAUGGUUUAAUUGUCUACUCUCUUGAUGAAAGUGUCUUGUUCGAUCCAUUUGAUUUAGAUAUCGACUUGACGCCAGAAAGUGUUGCAAAGACAGUCAGCAAAGGCGACUAUCUUGUUGCUCUUGUUAUGGCGUUCAGAUUGAAUGAUGAAAAAUUGGUCGAGAUGGUAUACACUAGUACACCACCAGCCGAAAUCAAAUUGAUAGUAAAGCAACUCCCGUUGGUAUACGUUGAUAAACUUGUGAUGUUUAUUGGUAAACACAUGGAGAGAAGUGUUCACUUGGAAUUUGAUCUCAUUUGGGUAUCUUCAUUGUUGAGUUAUCACGGAAGAACAUUACGUUCACGUCAAAUUGAAUUCGCUACCCCAUUGAGGAGUGUCCAAAAAGGAUUAGUGGAUUGGCAGAAGGGUAUCACCGCAUUAUGCGAAGAGAACGAAUUCACUAUGGAAUAUUUAUUGUCACAACCACUAGAAAUAGACGAUGCAUUGUAAAAACUACUGAUUUAUUAAUUUAUAUCUACCUUUAUCUU